AGCCUUGUAAUCUGUGGAAAAUCCCAGCUCGCCGUGACGACCUGGCUGCUAAUGAGCGGUUCACGUACUUCGGACCCGUUGCUCAGCAUUGAUAAUUGCCUGACCUGUACAGUGGGUGAAACAGAUUACAUAAAAAAAAUGUGGCGCAGUGUGAGUUCGUGUCAGCAUCUCAUCAUCCAGCGCUUUGUCUCAAUCGACUACCAACCGCUCUGCGACACGACUGGCUCAGAACACGAAAUAUGUCAGCGCAAACCGUGUGCAAUGACGGCAAGGAGUGGUCCCCGGUCUAUCUAGACCCUAGAGCUGAUCUCAUCCUAGUCUCUAACGACAAGGUGUGCUACCGUGUGCACAGUCACAUCAUGAGUCUGAAAAGUGGAUUGGUCCGCGACAUGUUGUCUUUACCUCUUGAUGGACAGUCGAAGAAUGCCAAGAAGAGAAGUCUGGAAAUUGACGAUUGUUCCCCUUCAACGUCGGUGGAGACUGCCCAGGAUGAGGCCGGAGGCGAAACGGUCCAGGAUCACGUGUCAACUAUCGAUGUGGAUGCUAGCGCGAUUGUCCUGGAAAUCUACCUCCUUCUGCUGUACACCCCUGACUGGCUAUUGAGGGCCCCAUUUACACGAGCGAUCGGCUUGAGAUUUGAAGAGCUCGUUGAACUGCAGCGUCUAUGUGACAUGCUGCAGACUUCGGCAUGGAACCAUACCAUCACAACAGUUUUACGUCAACAGGCUCAUGCAGAUCCGUGGGCUGCCUUCUGUCAUGCUGCGAGGACGAAUGAUGUCGAAUUGGCUCGGCAAGCGAUUCGGGCUUUUGGGAAUCAGACCAAUCCGGCCACGGAGUAUCCAGACAUUCCUACUCUGGAUUUCGACAAGCUUAACGCUUUGUGGUGCUUCGAGCUAUUCCGUCUGAUGUUCAAGCACAAGCGGCCAGCCACCUAUCAUUCCACGGACUCUGCUUUGUGGGAAAAAGUGGCCGAUGAGUUCCAACAACAAUGAAAGUUUUGACCAGCGGGGAGAUGGACAUGGAAGCCUCCAGGCCGGAAAGGAGAUUUGACGUUUGGGAUCGCGCAACUACGUGGGAGGGACUGGGGCACUGGAUGUGGGAGAGACGAAGAGGAGUACAGAUAAUAUUGCACUUGAAGACUGGAUCAUCUCUCCUGAGGGGAUAGGCUUCGUAGGUGACUGGGAAGAGUGAGCCUGAAGCGAAGGACCGCACGAAAAUCAUUGCACACAUGCAUACUGCAUACUCGAGCUGGUUGUCUGCGGCGGUCGCUUUCUCAGUGCCACUCUUGCGUUCAAG